UUCAGGAAAAGGAAACUUCUGAGAAACUGAAACUGCUGGAGAAAGGGCGGCCCACAGAGCAGUUCAUCUACCCUUCACUGCUGAUUUGGCUCUGCACCAUGAACCACACUUCUCACGCUUUCUUGACAGCCACCAAUGCUGGACAUCCCCCAAACUAUGAAAGGAUCAAAGACGAAUAUGAGGUAUCUGGGCUGGGGGAACCCCAAGGCUCAGCUUCUGUCAGGACCACCGUGAUCAACAUGCCCAGAGAGGUCUCUGUGCCUGACCAUGUGGUCUGGUCCCUGUUCAAUGCACUCUUCAUGAACUUCUGCUGCCUGGGUUUCAUUGCCUAUGCCUACUCUGUGAAGUCUAGGGACCGGAAAAUGGUGGGCGAUGUGACUGGGGCCCAGGCCUACGCCUCCACUGCCAAGUGCCUGAACAUCAGCGCCCUCGUCUUCAGCAUCCUUAUGGUCGUUAUCACCAUCAUUGCUGUUGUGUGCAUUGUUUAAAGCACCGGUCAUCUGGACACAUGAUAGGGGAUUCUGGCUUCUGGUUCUGGCAUGUACUCUUCAAUCCACAGUUGCCACUCACCUUGCCCCUUCACUCUUCAUGGUUAUACAGUUGUUACACUCACAACUCACACAUUUCUUUAUGGUAGAUUCAAUAAACUGCACAUGGUAACCAC